AUGAACUCCCUUCUCGAACGCUUGGUGAACUUCCUUCAGCGUCGACUAGUGCCUUGCGCCACGUCCGUACAAGAACAGGAUGCGGACGGCUUCUACGUUCGCCUCUCCGGCGACCUGGAGCCGGAGCCGUUGAGGCAAGCUCCCGGUCGCCCAACAGCCGCCGCUGGAGGGCACACCGCAAGGACAGCGCCGCCAAAGCCUCCGCGCUGCCGAACCGUGAACCCCGUGCAGACGGCCUUUCCGUCCAACUGGAGUACGACUCGUGGCCGGCCAGACUACGAACCCGGGGCGAAGAGGAGCAGCAUGGUCGACGGCUACGCGAUGGAGCCGACGCUCGCCGUGCAGUAUCGGCGUUCCCUGAAGCCGUCGGCGACUAGACCGCCCACGCCGUUCGUCGAGUCCACUGCGGCGGCCCAGCACAUGUCGCCUGGCCGACGGUGCUGCGAGGUGCGAGUGUGAAGCAGUGGACAAACUGAAACCGCUCACUUUGCGUUUUCUCACUCUUAAGUCUCCUCGCAGAUUCGUUAGCGCCUAUUCUGUUUCCGACUCUGCAAUUGUACGGAGCUCCUGCUGCGUAUACACUCUCCUGUUUGACGUGGGAGAGCGCGUCAAC